AUGGACGUAUUUAACUGGGAAUAUGAUUACAACUAUUAUUCUUAUGAUAAUAUCACUGAACCUGAGCAAAUCACACAACCCAGCCGAACCUGUUUACAAAAUGGCACGUGCGUGUGUCUGAUUGUCGUCACUGUGAUCAUUUUCCUGCUGGGCUUCUUUGGGAACGGUUUGGUCAUCUGGAUCUCUGGCUUCAAGAUGAAGAAGACAGUCAACACCACGUGGUACCUGAGCCUUGCGAUCUCGGACUUUCUCUUCUGUGCCUUCCUUCCGAUCAACAUCGCCUUCAUGGUGAUGGACGAGUGGAUCUUUGGCCUCUUCAUGUGCAAGUUCACGUCUUCGGUGAUGUUCCUCAACAUGUUCAGCAGCAUCUUCCUCCUCGUUAUCAUCAGUAUAGACCGCUGCGUGUCGGUUAUGUUUCCGGUGUGGGCUCAGAACCACCGCACCGUUCAGAAGGCAUCAGUGAUGGUCGUCUUUGCUUGGCUUCUUGCCAUUGGGCUGAGCUUUCCUUCAAUGAUUUAUCGAGAGAUCGGUACUUUUAUGGAUCGGACAGUCUGCUUCAAUAAUUACACAUCUAACCCAAACAUGCACCAGAUUAUUGCAAUGAGCCGCUUCACCGCAGGCUUUCUCCAUCCUUUCAUCAUCAUCAUCAUCUGCUACUCUAUCAUCAUCCUCAAACUUAGAAGCAAUAGGAUGAUAAAAUCCUCCAAACCCUUCAAAGUGAUGAGCGCUCUCAUAGCUGCUUUCUUCAUCUGCUGGCUGCCCUACCACGUCUUCGUCCUACUUGAGCUGAACCAUCACAAAUAUGACCACGAGAUUUUAGCAGUUGGACUCCGAGUGGGUUCAUCUUUAGCCGCAGCUAACAGUUUCCUCAAUCCUGUGCUCUAUGUUUUCAUGGGCAAUGACUUCAAGCAGAAGUUCAAGAGCUCCAUUCUGUCAAAGAUGGAGAAAGCCAUUGGCGAGGAGGGCCACACCAUCAGCAGAUACCUGUCCAGAUCCAGCUCAGUGGACGCCAGAGCCUCCACACAUAUUUAG